GACUCACUUAAUUCUGCAUUGACUCAAGUCCAGCUUUCCAGACUGAUCGACGACUAGCCACCAUGUUUUCCGACGUCGAGGUCCAACCUUCUCUGCAUAAAGUGAUUUCUACGGCAGCCUCGGUUGCUGCUACUGUCGUCCUCAUCCGCUCGAUUUCACGUGACCUAAUCCCAGACGAAUUCCGCUAUUAUCUCAAAUUAGGCAUCAAUACGAUCUACAAGUCAAUCUCCUCCGAAAUCACUCUCAUUGUUGAAGAACUCGACGGAUUUGGCUUCAAUCAGCUCUACAAGGCAGCUGAAAUCUAUUUAGGUUCUAAGAUCUUCCAAUCCACCUCGACUUUCAGAGUCACAAUGCCGGAUAAGGAUACAAAUAUCCACACCUCAAUGGCCGGGAAUGAGGAGAUGGUUGAUCAUUUCAACGGCGCACAAUUCAAAUGGAUACAGGUCACUCAAGAGGUGAAAUCGAGUCGAACGUCUAGUUUCCAUGGAGAAUACUCCACCUCGUCGUCGUCGCAAUCCAGUAUCAGGUAUUAUAGACUCGUGUUCAAUAAAAGAUUCAAACAGUUGGUGUUCGAUUCCUAUUUCCCUUUCGUCAUAGAGGAAUCGCGCAAACUAAAGGAACAGAGGAAGACUCUUAAGAUCUUUACUCUCGGAAACGAGCAUGCGAGGAGAUACUCGGACAUGGAUAGCUCGUGGAGCGGUGUUAAUCUUGUGCAUCCUGCAACUUUUGAUACAUUGGCAAUGGACGGAGAUAUGAAGAAGAUGAUAAUCGAGGAUCUGAAUAUGUUUAUUAAGAGGAAGGAGUUUUAUAGGACGGUUGGGAAGGCAUGGAAGCGAGGUUACUUGCUGUAUGGUCCUCCUGGAACUGGAAAAUCUAGUUUGAUUGCUGCGAUUGCGAAUUACCUGAAUUUUGAUAUCUAUGAUCUAGAGCUGACUGCUAUUCGUGAUAACGGGGAUUUAAGGAGGCUGUUGAUUUCGACAGCGAAUCAGUCGAUUCUUGUUGUGGAAGAUAUCGAUUGUAGUCUUGAUCUUGAGGAUAGGAAAACCGAUCAGCGAAUCAUCAAGGCGCUUCAGUCCACUCGUCAGCCUCACACCAUUAACAUAGUUAAGCAGCAACACAAUAAUCACAAGACCAACCAAGUAACAUUGUCUGGCAUUCUAAAUUUUAUCGACGGGCUAUGGUCUAGUUGUGGGGACGAGCGGAUCAUUAUCUUUACCACAAACCACAAAGAUCGGUUGGAUCUAGCUCUAUUAAGACCGGGCCGAAUGGACUUGCAUGUUCACAUGUCUUAUUGCACAUUUUGUGGAUUCCAAACUCUAGCUAAGAAUUACUUGGGAUUGACUGAACAUGCUCUAUUCGACGAUGUCAAGUCUGUGUUGGAGAUGGCAAUGGCAACCCCGGCCGAAAUUGCCGAGCAAUUGUUGAAGAGUGAGCAGCCCGAGACAGCGCUUGGGGGCGUAGUUCGUUUCUUGAAAGAUAAAAUUAUGGAAAAUGAAGAGAAGGAAGCUUUGAGAAUAAGGGAGGAAGAAGAGGAAUUCCAAGGAAAAGGUGUCCAAGUUGAAGAGAAUAAGCCCACCAUUGACAAUAAAAUGAGCACCAGUGAGAGGGUUAAUAUAUAUGUUUGAGUUUAAUGAAAAAAAGGUGUUAUAUAAU